GCGGCCGGGCCGCGGAGCAGGGACGCGCAGGGGCGAGCGGCGAGUCAGCCUGGCAGCCGAGCAGAGAAGAGCCCGCCGGAGAGGUCUCAUUUGCUUGGAACUGAGAAAAGGGAGCUGGGAAAAUGUACCGAGUGGAGAAGAGAUUCGUGAUGCCUUUUUCUUUUUGGUUAUGAACCUAAUAAAGUUUAGCUUUCCCGUGCAAUAUUGAUAGCACUUUAAAGAAGUAACAAAUAAUGGGGCAGAGAAAUCUCUGAAGUGUUCUGAAAUUCAAGCUUUGAAUUAACUCAGCCAAGCAGGAGAUUGAAGAGCUGUGGUCACUAGUGGUUUGAGUCAUUUUGGAAUACUUACCAUUGGAAGUGAGAGCAGAGUUAGGGGCACAUGCAGAUUUAAGACUCAACAGGACCCAGGGAUUCCUAAUACCCGGGUGGCCAAGGAUGGCUGCUCAGACUUCCCAAGCCCCAAAGCCUUGUGCUUGGGCAUCUUAGAGACAAGAUGCUGCAUUAAAACACUCCAUGGGGGGGACUUCCCUGGUGGUCCAGUGGUUAAGAGUCCUCACUUCCAUUGCAGGGGCCAUGGGUUUGAUCCCUGGUCGGGGAACUAAGAUCCCACAUGCUGCAAGGCGCGGCCAAAAAAAAAACACUCCGUGGGUUAAAGAACCUGUGUUUUAACAGCCACCAUUGGUAAUUGUGUUUGAAUUUUCAUGUGGAUUGGUUUAAAUGCUAUUGCUGAUUUUAAAGUCAGGUAAAAUAAUUAAUGGUAUCUGGCAGGAUUGCCUACUAUUACAUAUUCCUGAAAGUUUUUGGUACUGGUAAAAAGAUAUGCGGAUAAGUUUCACUUAGGGAUCUUUCAGGGGCUGUGCGCUUUCUGUGACAUUUGUCACCUUAUAAAUCAAGCCCCUACUCUGCGCCGGCCGUUGUGCUCAGUGUUGGCGACAGAGCUGGGAGGAAAACGGGAGCUUGUGGAGCUGCUGUUCUGUUACUUUCUGUUGAGAUAGAGAAUAAACAAGGAGCAAGUCUAGUGUGUUAGAUGAUGGGGUGCCUUGGAGAAACGGGGUGCCGGGGGCACAGCCCUGGGGAGGAGGGCAUGGGUGGCUGCAAUUUUAUUUAGAGCCCAGUUUGCCUCACAAGAAGGUCAAGUUGGAGCAAAGACCUAAAAAGUAAGGUGGGGGUGUCAGUGUGGUCAUUCUAGGCAAAGAAAACGGAAAGUGCAAAGGGAGGAGAAGCCUGCACAUGCCCCCCACCCCGCAGAGGAGACUGCAUCUCAGGGGAGGCAGAGGGGAGAGAGGGGGGAGCAGUGGGCGCCUAGAUCACCCGAGCCUCACACCAUCGCAGGCACUGCAGGGAAAUAAAGGAAGACUACUGGUGAAGUGGUGAAGUUGAAAAACCAGGGAAAAAGCCCUGAGGAAUGUGCGGCUCCCUGGGACUGCAAGGUUCUCCUGCUUCCCUCAGGAGGAAGGUUGGAGUCAGCAGGAAAGUGUAUAUGGACUAUAAUGCAACCACCCCCCUGGAGCCGGAAGUCAUCCAGGCCAUGACUGAAGCCAUGCAGGAAGCCUGGGGAAAUCCCAGCAGCCCUUACGCGGCAGGUAGGAAGGCCAAGGAGAUUAUCAACGCAGCUCGGGAAAACCUUGCCAAGAUGAUGGGUGGGAGGCCUCAAGAUAUGAUCUUCACUUCCGGGGGCACAGAGGUGGAGGCAGCACAUGGGAGGGGCCCAGGCACCUUCGUCGCGUUCACGGUGGGUUGGCUCAGCUUUGACCUGAGGUGUGCGGCCCCCGAAGGCCCUCCUUUCCGGACCAGGAGUCGCUGUGUUUUCUGCGAGGGGGUGACCUGGGGCUUUAAAGGGCCAUCCAUCUUCAGAGGGACACAUGCAGCCUUCCAUCCUGGCCGUCUCCUCCCCUUCAUCUGGUUUGCUGCGUCUCAGACCUGGUCAAAUAAUUUAGUAAUCCAUUCUGUGGUGAAACAUUUCCACAAAAUCCAUGCCGCAGUGGGGGACACGGCCGAGCGUCCCAGCCCAGUGGAGGGGGCCCUGCCUCACAUCAUCACCUGCACUGUGGAACACGACUCCAUCCGCCUGCCCCUGGAGCACCUGGUGGAAGAACAAGUGGCCGAGGUCACCUUUGUCCCCGUGUCCAAGGUGAAUGGGCAGGUGGAGGCUGAGGACAUCCUGGCGGCCGUCCGCCCGGCCACGUGCCUCGUGACCAUCAUGCUGGCCAAUAACGAGACAGGCGUCAUCAUGCCGGUGCCUGAGAUUAGCCGGCGAGUCCGAGCCCUGAACCAGCAGCGGGCGGCGGGCGGGCUGCCAGGGGUGCUCGUGCACACGGACGCCGCCCAGGCCUUGGGGAAGCGGCGCGUGGACGUGCGGGACCUGGGCGUGGACUUCCUGACCGUCGUGGGCCACAAGUUUUAUGGCCCCAGGAUUGGAGCACUUUAUGUCCGAGGGCUUGGUGAACUCACCCCUCUGUACCCUAUGCUGUUUGGAGGUGGACAAGAACGGAAUUUCAGGCCAGGGACAGAGAACACCCCGAUGAUUGCCGGCCUUGGGAAGGCGGCUGAGCUGGUGGCAGAGAAGUGCGAGGCCUACGAAGCCCACAUGCAGGCUGUGCGCGACUACCUGGAGGAGAGGCUGGCGGCUGAGUUUGGUGAGCGAGUCCAUCUGAACAGCCAGUUUCCAGGCACUGAGCGACUCCCCAACACCUGUAACUUCUCCAUCCAGGGACCCCGGCUGCAAGGCCGCUUGGUGCUGGCCCAGUGCAGGACGCUGCUGGCCAGCCUGGGGGCUGCGUGCCACUCGGACCAUGGAGACCGGCCAUCCCCGGUGCUGCUGAGCUGCGGCGUCCCCUUGGACCUGGCCAGGAACGCCAUCCGGCUCAGCGUGGGCCGCGGCACCACCCAGGCCGAAGUGGACCUCGUCGUGCAGGACCUGAAGCAGGCGGUGGCCCGGCUGGAGGGCCAGGCCUAGUGCCCAGGGCAGUGCCAGAAGGAGUCUUCCUCUCGUCCCAGAGCGUGUGGGCUCUGGGCUCCCUCCCGUCCCUUGGUCAGUGAGGGAGCGGGUCUGCUGGGCCCACAGACGCCACCGGUGCUGAGGGGCCCAGGACAAGAUGCCCUCGUGGGACCGUCCCCGUCACUGCUGCCCAGUGGCACCAGUUGGAUUAGAAACUCUUUAGCCGCGCCCACCCUCCCCUCUGGGAAGCGGGGCGAGCUUGUUGUAAGCACGCCCUUCCUGGAAGGUGGCAUUUUUAUCCGAAAGGUAAAAUGCUAGUAUUUAUAAUUGAUUGUCAGCUGCUCUCAUGGAAAUAGGAGACCUGGUUUUUGGCUGCUGUCCUGGCCUCUGUGCACCUGUUGGCUGAGAGGUCGGUCCCUCCUCACCCUCAUGGCCCUUCUCAAGCCCUUUCCAGAGGGUGGGGGCCCCUGUGGUCAGGCCCCUCCCCGCUGGGCGUCCCCCCGCUUCCGGGCCCGCCCAUCCUCCUGAUCACUUGCUGGUCACUCGGGCCAUCGACCACUGGGCGCCCUCUCUCCCAGUCCGCAGGCCCCUCCCGUCCCUUCCAUUCGAUCAUUUGCUCAGGGUUUCAGCUCAGCCGUCAGAGUCACGGGCGGCAGCGCCUGCGUGAUGCUGGCUCAUUCCCAAGGCAGAAAAUCGUUCAUCCCUCGCUCAGCUCCCAUCUCAGUUGUACUUGCGGGAGGAUUCUUUGAUCUUCACAGUGGCAUUGUGGUGUCUGAUUCACAUCAAAUGUCAUGUCUAUGGAGACAUUUACAUAGGAGUGGGUUUUUUUAAUUGAAUAACACUUGUAAUGUGCGGUUGAAAGGUGCAAGGAACUUCGUGAUGGCUCUGAGGAAACAACCGUCAGAAAUUAGAUGAACUAAUAAAAGCUUCCAGUGCUUGUUUUGGA